AUUACAUGUCAAGUUAUCCGACUCAUUACUUAUUAAUAUUUAUUUUUGUCCAGCUCGUCGUCGAACUACCAUGCCGUCCUCGUUAUUCGUGCCCAUCCUCCUCGCGGGGAUGAUCAUCACAGGCUCCAGCAAUUCACUAUGCGGAAAAUGGCAGGACAUGCAAUGCGUCGAGAACUGCGACGACCCAAAUCCCCAGAAUCGUGUCUUGUACGAGCAGCCUGUGUGGCAAACUCUGCAGAUGUUUGGCUUCCUCCCCGUUCUUUACACGUGGUUCCGCUCGCGGUAUCAUAAAUCUGCCGCAUCGGAAGACGAACUCAAAGGAUGGAAGCUUCUCCUUCUAUGGUUUCCAGCGGCUUGUGACCUCACCGGUACAACGCUCAUGAACAUUGGUCUAUUAUACACGCCUGUUUCCAUUUACCAGAUGACACGUGGUGCCCUUGUCCUCUUCGUGGGCAUUUUCAGCGUAUUCUUCCUCCGCCGUCACCUUUGGCUGUACCAAUGGAUAUCUUUACUCACCGUCGUGGCCGGAGUAUCUCUCGUUGGUUACAGUGGCUCUCUCAUCAAAGAUACGAUCAAGGAAUCCGUGAACUUGUUCGCCUCGGGCGGUACCGUUUCGGAACCUACCAGCCAAACUGACUUGGCUAAGGUGUUGGUCGGUAUGUCCACCGCCGCCCAAUUCGUAAUCGAGGAGAAAAUCAUGGCUCGUUGGUCCGUCCAUCCACUGGUCGUUGUAGGCUAUGAGGGCUUGUUCGGAGUUAUUUCCGGUUUAAUACUCAUGCCCAUCAUGAGGCGCUUCGCCUCGCAAUCGCCUUUCUUUGACCUCUCGAGAGGGUGGCAUCAGACGGUCGAUAAUCCGAACGUUCUAUGGCCCGUUGUCGCGGCCGCAUGCAGUAUUUCGCUGUACAACUACUUUGGUCUCAGCGUGACAAGACACGACACGUGCAGAACACUCUCCAUCUGGCUAGUCAGUCUCGGGCUGGGCUGGGAGAAACUUCUAUUUCCAGUAUCCAUCCUCCAAGUCCUCGGGUUUGGAUUACUAGUGUGAGCAGUUACCUACCUUGGCCGUCAUGCGGCUAAUUAUCAUUUCACCAGUUACGGAACAUUUUUGUUCAACAGCCUUGUCAAACCACCUUCUUUCCUUCUUCCAAUUCGGACUCCGAUCGCUGCGGCGGAAGAUAUUGAUGCGGAAGAAGCCGAGGACCUCCUCGCUUCAUCGCGACUUGACGAAUCGGCCGUGUUGCCCGC